UUCUAUCUACCCCAAGCUUUUUUCUUUCAUCUCCCAAAUACUUUUAAAAAUAAAACUAAAAAGGAAGGCACAAAGUGUUAAUGACCUUUGCACACCUAAAGGAGGAAAAAUGAAAUUCUAGAGUUUAGUAGUGAAGUUCUAAAGUUUGGUUGUUAUAACUAUGGUUAACCAAUCAUAACUUCAGAAUUCCUGUGUGACAUCAUAGAGACCUCCCUAGUUUUUCUACUUCACCUACAGCAACUGUUUGCAUAAACCUGCUAAGAUUCAGAAAACUUCCCAGCUAAGCAAGACUCCACACAACUUGAAAACCUUUCAUUGUGAUGAACACAGAAGCUAAGGCAAACUAAAAGAAGACAGUUAUCUCACAUUUGGCUGCCAGCUUUUUAUCUUUCUCUUGACUACCUUGGCACUGUAGCCUGCCACGUUCCCAGCAUCAUGGAGAAAGUCCAGUACCUCACUCGCUCUGCCAUAAGAAGAGCCUCUACUAUUGAAAUGCCUCAACAAGCACGUCAAAACCUCCAGAACCUAUUUGUCAAUUUCUGUCUCAUCUUAAUAUGUCUCCUGCUAAUCUGCAUCAUCGUGAUGCUUCUCUGAAGUUCUGCAGCAGACUCAAGACCUGCAACUUGCCACAUGAGCUUAAAAAUCUGCCACCCCUGAAGAGAGGAAACAAAGCAUACUUCCUGAGUAGAAAAUUUUCCUUGUAAAAAAAUUGUUAGAAAUAUAUUCAUCUCCUGGAUCUUGUAAACAUGACAAGGGCUUAUUUUCAAACCAUACAAUGACUGUAAGUGCAUGAAAAUGUAACCUCUGAUUUCCCCAAAGUGGCUUAUGUCUUUCAUAAAUGUUUUGAGGAAAAAGUAAGAGUUUUAAUUUGGAAACCGCACUGGUAAUAAGUUCACUUUAUAUGUAUAAUUAUCUUACUCAUUGAGAUAAUAUAAUUUAUGUUGCACUUUAAAAACUCUUACUUGAUAGCAAGUAUUCAAGUCUUCACCAAGUACUCAAAUAAUUUAAAUGAAGUGUCCUUUAAAGUAACCCAUUCACUUCUCAUAUUUAUUUAUUUUUACUAUUAUUAUUUGCAAGUCUUGGUAAUUACUUUUUAUCAGAAUCUACAUUUUAAAAGUGAAAUUGUUUCCCUUUUCUAUCCUAGGUUAACUUUCUAGUAUAAGUAAAUUAAUCUUUCCUUCUGUGACAUAAAGUGAUGUUUUUAAGUCAAAAAGGACUGAUGUGAACUUGUGGUCAAAUUCCCUAACUUGUCAUCCUCUAUCUUUUAAGUUUUCUAUUCCAAUCUCAUAACCAAUGUAGGCAAGGAAGCAAAAAAUUUCCAGUGAGAAAGUAUAUUAUCUCAAGCAUUAUGAGAAACAAACAUUUGAAUUAUAUCUCCAAAUAUUAACUAAUUCCUAUAUUGUAUUUUAAAUAAAUUUUGUCCUAUUAUUUUAAUAGAAUAUAGCUAUUUUCCUGAAUCUACCAGAUAAUUAGCACUCAAUUGUAGGCUGCUUCAGUGAACUCAAUAACAUAUCCAGAAGUGCUAAUCUAUAAUUUCUUUCUUACUGAAUACAUUUUCAAUCUCCCUUCAGUCAUUUUUAAACAUCUUCUAACAACUAAUAAAACAGAAGUAAAAAAAAAAAAUUCAGAAAUAUGUUCACUAAAAUUUAAGUAACCCAAGUCCAAAGUGGCUUACAUUCAAGAUAAAGUAUUAACAUUUCAAUUACUAAGGAAUAAACAUUCCAAAAA